ACAAACACACAGAGAAAGAGAAAGAGAGAGAGAGAGAGAGAGAGAGAGAGAAUGAAGGCUGGCUGCGACUUCCCGCCGGGAGCGCCUUCGCGGGGCGGUUCGGGCUCUGCCCGGAGGAGACCCUCCGUUUGGGGGCUCCUGUGCCUGGGGCUGUGCUGGUGCCAGAUCUCCGGGAUGGUCACUCCGGAUCAGCAGGUGAAGCCUCGUAUCGUCAUGGAGCAAUUGCUCUGGGUCAGUGGCGGCGCAAUCGGGGAGGUAAAUACGUUCAGGGUCCCUCUCAUCACAGCGACACCUUCUGGCACCCUCUUGGCCUUUUCAGAAGCCAGGAAGACAUCUGAUUCUGACAGCGGAGCUAAAUUCAUAGCCCUUCGCAGAUCAGUAGACAAAGGUGCUAACUGGAGCCCAACUUCAUUCAUAGUUGAUGAUGGUUCCCUCACAGACGGUCUCAACCUUGGAGCUGUGGUGAUAGAUUGGGAAGAGAAGAAGGUGUUCUUGAUAUAUACUCUCUGUGCACACUACCGGGGAUGUUCCACUGCCAGCGUCAUGAUCAUUCGCAGCUCGGAUGACGGGGUGACAUGGAGCCGUCCCCGGAACCUCUCUAUGGAAGUUGGCACAACCAUGUUUGCCCCUGGACCGGGCUACGGCAUCCAGAAACGCUACGAGCCCAAGAAGGGACGCUUGAUAGUUUGUGGUCAUGGGACUUUAGAGCUGGACGGGAUCUCCUGCCUCCUCAGUGAUGACCACGGCAUGACCUGGUAUUAUGGGAAACAACCUUUGCAUGGCAUCCCAUAUGGACUGCAGAAGAAUUACAGUGACUUUACUCCUGACGAAUGCCAGCCCUAUGAACUGCCAGAUGGCUCCGUAGUGGUGAAUGCCCGGAAUGAGAAUUUCUACCAUUGCCGAUGUCGCAUCGUGGUUCGCAGUUACGACGGUUGCAAUACCCUUCCGCUGGAGAACGUCAGAUUUGAUGAGGGUUUAGUGGAUCCCGCAGUGGCUGCAGGAGCUCUUUUCAAAUCCGGCCUGGUUUUCUUCACCAAUCCAGCCCAUCGCGAGUUGCGGGUCAACCUGACGCUGCGCUGGAGUUUCACCAAUGGGUCUUCUUGGUGGAAAGAACCUUUCCUUAUCUGGAGAGGUUCCAGUGGCUAUUCCUCCAUGACUACCCUGGAGGGAAAUUCUCUGCGGGACAAUCACUGCCUCUUUAUCAUUUACGAGAAGGGCGAGGUCGAUUAUACAGAAAGCAUCUCCGUGGCCAAGAUUAGCCUCAAUGGGCAGCUCUGACCCCUCUUUUCCGGGGCAUCUUAAACAUUCCCCAAGUUUGUCAUGGCAAGGAAAGGAAAAUGUGUGCUUGAACUGGGGAGAAGCCAAACGAACGUGUUUUGGGGAUCUGAAGAAUGCAAUUGAAGGACAUGGGUAGCGAGCUUGGGCAUAUCCCAGCAGAAGUUGGGGUAGCUAAAGAGGACCACAUAUUUAUUUUUCAAUCGUGCCCUGCACUUCUCUUUGUGCCUGCCUAAUAGGCAACACACACACACACAUGCGCACACAAACCCCUCCUCAAACCUCUCUUAUUUCUUUCUGACCUUCUGAGGUUGAAUCUGUUUUCCUGUGCUUUUCCUCACAUUUAUGAAUGUGUACAGAUUUAUAGAAUUUGUGGGUAGAUCGGGUAAGGAUGGGCGGAUCCCUGGAACGAAACACAAAGGCAGACUCAGUCAGAUUUGUGAAGGAUAAAUUUAUGCACUUUCUACUGACUUUCUGAACAAUAAACUGGAAUCAAGAGCAGAAGAUGUCACCUAAAACCUAUGUCGACAUGCCUGAGGGAGGACAAGCCAGUUUUUCUUCUGCGUUGCCAACUCCUGUGAUUUCAAAUGAAUGUAUUUAAAGCCUGUUUCCCAAUUUUUUUGAUAGGGCAAGUUGCCUGUACGGCUUAUAAAAACGUUGGACCGUGAAUUUUAAGAGCACAAAAGAAAUGGGGUAGGGGGCAGAGAGGCGAACAAGCAGGGGAUAGUUUUGAGAUAAAAAUACUUACAGAGGUUCUCAGUCAUCCAGGUCAUGGUUGUCCCCAAAGGUGCUUUUUCAAGAGGUAACAACUGAAGUUUGUUUUUCCUUGAAGACAUUUUGCUUCUCAUCCAAGAAGUUUCUUCAGUUCUGAACGUCAGUCGAGCGAAACGUCUUCACGGAAAAAAAACAAAGUCCAAUUUUGCCUCUUGAAAAAGCAACUCUGGGUUGUAAAAAUAUUUUUGUAGAAGUCAUUGAAACGGCCCCUCUACAUCUGCUACUUCUCUGCUGAUGUAUUUCAGGAAUGCAGAAUCCAUGGGCUCUAUUGAGCCCCCCACCCCCCAAAAAAACCCUUAGUUUUUACUCCUCCUGUACCUCAAGAUCAGCAAAAUGGCUGCAUUUUGGUGGCCUGUAUUUUAAGGAUGGAUUGGGGGUGAUUUGUACCCCAUAGAUUUUGUUCCCAUUUCUAGCCUUAAGUUUGCCAACCUAAAGCUGCUAAGCUUGAGAAAUGCUGCUGUAAACAGUUGGAGUGCUUACCCUGGUUUAUAUUUUAAUGAUGACUCUUCGUGGCUGGGUUUCUUUAUGCCAUAAAGUUGUGGCCCCUUUGGGCUAGAGAGGAUAAUCUGAACACAUUUUGCCUCUUUUCAUUCACACAUCUCUCUGUUGUUUUUUAGAACUCCAAUUAUCACAUGUCCUCUAUAAAGUCCAUAUUGUGACUGUUUGAACCAGUUUAGCCCUCCAGGGAAUUAUUGUGCGAUCUUGUUUGAUGGGCCAAGUUUUGGGAAAUUGAUUUUUUUUUAAAAAUUGUUGCUGUGGCAGUCAUUUUAUUUUCGACAUUUUUUAAUUGACUAUUAUAAAGCAUGAAGUCCUUUUCGACGUGGGUGUUAAGGAGUCGAAAACAACUAGAUAGCAGAUCAUCAUUCAAGCAAUUCUAACACCUUGGUGGGUGGCCAGCUUGCUUCCAGUCUCCGAAUUCUUUUCAUGCAUUUAAAAUAAGAUAAACCGGUAAUUCCUGACCCCAGAACCACCCAUACAAGAGUGGAUGCAGUCAGUAAAACUACAGAGCUCACCUUGAGCUCCAGGCAACCGUCAGGUAGCAUAAUUGAUAUCGUGAAGCUAAUUCUUGGAAGAAGAAAAGAGAUCUGAGCUCAAGGUCUAUAUGCCAUAGAUUUUAUGUACGCUUGUCAGAAGCAUCAUUUUACACACGCUUGUCAGAAGCGUCAUGGAAUAAAGCUUUAGUGGUUGAUAAUUCGAGCAAGGUCUUUUUUUUUUUUCAUUUUGAACAUGACAGAUUUAAGUGACGUGUGCUGAAAAACUAAGUUACAGGGUGGGAAUGGCCUAUUUUGAUCCAGGUGUGCUAACCUUUACAUAUUAACACUACCAUGUCCUAUGAGGUUUCAAG